CGCUCACACAAGAUACACAAUGAACUCGUCUGAUACUCAAUCGCUGGCAAGACCGUCCAGCGACCCUUACUUCAAUCUAGGGACGUUCGGUCGCAAAGUUAGUACCGAUUCCCAGGAAGCCCAGGUGUGGUUUGACCGGGCCCUGGUCUGGACAUACUGCUUCAAUCAUGACGAGGCAAUCACUUGUUACAACCAGGCAAUCGCACACGAUGGCAACUGCGCCAUGGCCUACUGGGGGGUAUCUUUCUGCUCCGGCGCCAAUUACAACAAGACCUGGGCCCUGUUCGACGAAACAGAUCGACUCAAUGCGAUCAAACAGUGUUAUGUCUUCAGUCAAGAAGCUCUAAGGCGGAUAGAGCAUGCGUCGGAUUGGGAGCAGGGGCUUAUCAAGGCUCUCGCACAUCGGUACCCUAACGAUGAUCCCAGUAGGGAUUUUGCUCAGUGUAGCAGAGCGUAUGCCGAUUGUAUGAGAGAUCUGUAUACAAAUCUCGGCCGCGAGGACUUUGACAUCAUCACACUCUUCGCUGAUGCGUUGAUGAAUUGUGCCCCUAGGAAGCUAUACGAUGCAUCGACGGGGCUUCCGAUUGCCGCCUCUCCCGUGUGUGAAGUCAAAGACCUGCUCGAACGCGCUCUGAAAAUGCCCGGGGUGGAACAGCACCCAGGUCCCGCGCACAUGUAUAUUCAUCUCAUGGAAAUGUCGGCGACCCCGGAGGCUGCUCUACCGGCAGCAGAGAUGAUCCGCGAGAUAUUCCCCGAUACCGGCCAUACUUACCACAUGCCGGCCCAUAUCGAUGUCCUAGUGGGCGAUUAUCGACGCGCCGUGGAAUAUAAUUUGAAAGCGACCGUCGCUGAUGACAAAUACUUCCAACAAAAUGGGGGUCUGACGUUCUACAGCUACUAUCGACUGCAUGACUACCAUUCCCUCAUCUACGCCGCAAUGCUAAGUGGGAAAUUGAAGGCAGCAUUGGCGGCCACGGAUCGAAUGGAAGCGACAAUCACGGAGGAUAUUCUUCGGGUAGAGACGCCUGCCCUUGCGAACUGGAUGGAAUUUUUCAAAGCCGUCAGAGUCCACGUACUGAUUCGGUUUGGGAUGUGGGAAGACCUCAAGAAGCUUGACCCGCUGAAGGAUAAGCAGCUGUAUUGUGUCACCAAUGUUAUGAGACACUAUGGAAAAGCCAUCGCGUAUGCGGCCACCGGGCAGCUGGAAGAAGCCGACCGGGAGAGGGAGCAGUUCAAUGGAGCUUCUACGCUUGUGCCUCCUACACGCCUCGACUUUCCCAACAAAAUUACCGACAUUCUCAAGAUCGCAUCCGCCAUGCUGGAUGGCGAGAUCGAGUAUAGACGAGGCGAUUACGAGACUGCAUUCAGCGGAUUGCGGGAGGCGGUUAUUCUAGAAGAUGAACUGCCUUUUGCAGAGCCAUGGGGAUGGAUGCUUCCAGCACGCCAUGCAUACGCAGCCCUUUCCCUAGAACAGGGAAUGGUUGAGCAGGCUGCACAAGCUUACGCUGAGGAUUUGGGGCUCAUUACGACCCCCAAGCGUGCGCAUCAACACCCGAAUAAUGUAUGGGCCCUCCAUGGCUAUCAUGAGUGCCUUCAGCUUUUGAGUCGACAUGCGGAGGCAAACAUCAUCAAAAAGCAACUAUCGCUUGCUUUAGCAGAGGCAGAUGUUCAAAUCACGUCUUCAUGCUUUUGGCAUAGCGGCCAGCAGCUAUCCCUUGAAAGUGUGUUGGACUUCUCGCAACCACUCAAUCUACCACCAGAUCAGAGUCAGACAGCAAUCAAUAUUUUCAACCAACUCAUUGACCUCUAUAACCCCAACCAAACUUCCCAGAAGGGGUACAAGCCUGCGGCGCUUGCCCUGGCAGUCUACCGACAUGUUUCAGCUAAAGAUGCAUUCCUGAUGCUCUUCUUUUCACUCAUAUACGAGGCCUUAUGUCCGCGAACAACUGAUACACGCGAUCCGGAGAUUACCACUUACCUUUGCUACUUUGACGAUCUCGCCUCGUGGGGUCCAGACCGGUUAGGAAAUGCCAAGAGCGCAAUUGAAGACUUUGCUGAGUAUAUCAUUGAGAAUCUGCUCCUUCCACUUGCCUCAUACGAGAUCAUCAUCGGUGUGUUAUUUCUCGCAAGUUCGAUCGACGCGAAGCCGGAAGACGUCUUUAGCAAGAUGGCAGAGAUUACCGAUUCGAAGAAAAAUGCUCUCCGAAUUCUGACCAUGUUCGAUCAUGGAAUCACACAUCUUAUUGAAUACCCAAAGAUUGAUAGCCUAAUGAACGCCCUGACACUAACGUAUGAUUACCGCCGAUUAUUUGGCGCAUUUGAAUUAUAUUUUGAGCACACAGGCCGUCCAUAUCAAUAUGAGAUCAAGUCCACAGACCAAGAUUCUUUUUUCAGUGACCCAUUGCUUCCUGUCAUUCGGACAUUGACUCUUAGCCCCAACCGUACCAUCGAUCCGCCAUUUCCUCGACUUCUCGCCAUCCACCGUGCCAUUGCCCUUAUCAUGAAAAUCAGCGGUGCAGGGGAUUAUUUUGAUAAUGUCCUUCGUGAUUUAGAGGAAGUGGGUGUAAGGGCAGACGGUUCAACGAACUUGGGACUUAUCAUGAAGCUUCGGCUCGGUGGCUGGUUGACUGUCUCUUGA